AUGGGUGAGGAAAGGGCAAGAUCGUAUUCAGAAUUAAGAGAGAGAAGAAAAGCAGAACUGAAAAAUAGCGCAACUAAUUGCAUAGAUAAAUGGCUUUCUGGAUGGAGUCCAUUAACUAAAGUUGUUUUGCCUUUAUCUAAAACUGACACAAAAACUGACGCUUCUUAUGUAAAAAUUCCAAAAAUAAGAAGUAAAUCUGAAUUAAUAGAAAAAAGGAAAGCUGAUCUAAAAAAUGAUUUAAAGAAUCAGCAUAAAGAUAAUUAUAGAAGUUUCCUAUGUUUGGCGCUGUAAGGCCGAUAAAUUCUGAUCGGAAUUUAUCGGUAGGUUGCACCACCAAAUCAAUGCCUUGGUCGGACCAAAAAGCGAUUUGGUCCGACGAACUUGGAAAGCUCCUGGAAAAAUGUCUGCGCUUUUAGCGCUAUAUAGAGGAAACCUCUAUAUAAAACUUUUUUCAAUAAGGUUGAGGAGCAAUUAAACUCAGUAUUUGAUACACCAUUUCAGCAAAGUUAUGCAGAAAAAAAGGAAGAAAAGAAGCAAAAAGAUAGACAAUAUUUGGAAAAAGUAUUUUCUACCAAAUCCAAAGGUAUUUAUAGUUAUGACCUACCAAAGUUUUCAUCACAUAUAAUAAAUCCUUCUAUACUUUCAAUAAGUGAUGCGCUUUCCAUGCAUCGGCUCCCACAAAAGAAAAUUGUUUAUGACAGUAAACCUCUGUCGAAUGCAUCAAAAUUAAGCUCAACAGCUUCUUCAAUAAGUGUUUUGAGUACUAAAACAAUGGAAAUUGAACUUAAUGGAAAUAAAAAGGAGAGAAACAAGACUUCUUUACAAAAGACGAACCAUUUUGCAGAAAAGCCAAAUAAAACUUGCGCUUUUCCAAAUUUUAACCCUGACAUGAUGAUGGAUAUAGUAGAGAUAAAAAAUAUGAGCAAAAUUAACUCAAGAAAAGGAUUUUUUUCAGAUUAUAAUGACCCUAAGCCACUUCGAAGUGAAAUAUGCUUUAAAAAAUCAUUUAAACCUAAGCCAGUUGUGCAAGAAAGAAGACAAUCACUUAUACAAAGCAAGCUGAACAUGACCGUAGAUGACACUUUAGCAAGGUCGAGCGGUUUUAGUCUCUUAAAAGGUCAAAAUUCUUUUCUAUUAUAA